GCAACCAAGCACCUAGGUCAUCGUCUGCAUCAAGUGCUAAUGAAAUCCUGUUCAUUGGUCAAUUCAAGUCUUACAUAUUGAAACGUAAAAGACCAAGAGCCCAGGGCUGGCAUAGUGAGAAUUGUUUAGCGCAAGAGCCCAUUUUAUGUCCCUGAGCUAACGGUUACAUUGAGGGCCUGUAAAACUUAGGUUAAACUGCCAUGUGUUGCUCUUUGACAACUGCGGGCCACCGGUUCUCAGCCGACCCAAGCUUCUAUACAAUACCAUGCAAAUGUUAAGUACCAAGGGCGUACAAACCGCACUUUCAGAGGCAAUGCUAAGGAGUCGAACAGUACCGCGGAUACACCUGGCCCCUUUGCCAUGAAACCGCACGGGUGCCAACCCCGAUAAUAAACAGCGACACCAUACGCGUAAUCCAUGGCGGACUUGGGUCCAUCGACCAAAGGCUUGCGAGCCCAGGACCCGGGGUCGGCCAUCGGUGUGCCAUCCGGAGCCUUCAACUGGGCCACCAUCCACCAAUUCGGCGAGCGGGAGGGCGGCCAGGUGAAGUGCGCAUGUGCCCACGGCGCCCACAUCUACACCACCAGCAGGGCCGGAAUCAGGCGGUGGGAGGCUGCUACCGGCAGCUGCACCGAGCUGAUCCCCGCCGGCUCGCUGCCCGGGCUGGUCCACGCGAUCGCGCUGGUGGGCGGUGCCGUGUGGGCCUGCACGGGGGACGGCAGGGCGGCGCUGUACGACGCGGUGACCGGGGAGCAGCGGGGCAAGACCUUCUCCGCGCACCAGGGCGAGGUGCUGUGUGUGGCUGCGGGCCCGGGGGACGCCUACGUCAUCACCGGGGGGGUGGACUUCAAUGCCAAGAGCUGGCAGCCCAGCGGCGCUCCCAUCGCGGCCGCCAAGUACCACCACGGGGCGGUGGAGUGCGUGCUGGUCACCCCGCUGCUGCUGCCGCCGGGGGGGAGCAGCGGGGGGGCAGGAGCAGGUGCAGGCGGAGG